AAUGGCAUUCGGUGCAACGAAUGUCAUUCGCCCGCGGAGGUGCUACACUAGAAAAAUUAAUGUCAUUUGGUGGCGAUAUCAAUGGCGAUCAUCCCUAAAAAAACGUGGCGACUAAAAUGGAACAAGAUAGGUAUCAAGUGCUUGCAUAAGCAAUCCAUAUAUUUAAAAAUAGUUUUGGGACGUCGCUUCACUGAAAAAAAAAUUAUUUUAGUAAUGCGUAUAAAAAAAAAAAGUUCAAUUUCAGACUAUGUGGCCACUAUAAGCCAAAACAAGGCUUAGCCACAUGAGUCGCCGAUAAAUUGAAAACAAACAAAAUGGCUGACAUGGCGACGCUGGACGACGACGCUAAGUUGCAGCAGAGCGUCACGUGAGAAGAGCCAGACAGUAGAGGCGCGGCCAUGGCUGACCAGGAAGAUGAAGGCAAAGGGAAUGCCAAAAAGGAGGUCCGCGUGUUCGGUCGACCCGAGCUGGCGUCCAAGGUAGCCAUGUUCCAGCAGAAGGCCGACGACCACGAUCGCCGGCAGAAGGACAAUCCUUUCUCGGAACGCUGGGAUGGAUCCACCUCCAGCGCCCUGUCCAAAGACGACCCCCGGUACGGCCACCCCGAGGAAGGCUCGAAGAGCGACAAACGCGGCCAGCAGGCCGGUCAGCUCAUUAGCAGCGAGGUCCGCAUACUGUGCGAGAACCUGCACGAGUUCGGUACCGAGCAGCCAGACGGAACGCGGGCUAUCACGUUUGGCGAGCUCUUCCAGCUGUACACGAGCAUCUCGAACAAGCUGGUGGGCAUCCUGCUGCGCGCGCGGAAGCACGGCCUCGUCGACUUCGAGGGCGAGAUGCUGUACCAGAAGCGCGACGACGGCGUCGUCAUCCGGCUGCUGCGCCCCAUCGCCGACAUACACCGCGAGAUGGGCCACAACCCGGCGCUGGCGCAGCUGCCCAAGACCGCGCCCGUGCUGCUGGGAGCCAAGACCUCGUAGCCCGAAAAGCGCUGUUGUGCGGCCACUGCCGGUAGCGGUCGUUCGGACCCUGCAAACGACGGAGAUAAUUGACCAGCGAGCUCAGCUGUCAAUGCUCUGUGUGUACACCUUUCGUUCGGAAAUGCAAAAAAAAAAAUACACUAAAGCUGUAACGAUGAUUUUUCUUUUCUACGUGGAAAGCAUUAAAGGCUAAGUAUGAACAGCUGGGCUAGUUGGUUGUGAUUGGCAUUAUGAAACAUCGUUCCAGCGCGCAAUUGAACACGGAUGACAAGAGAUGGACCACACAAACGCCGGUGUUUGUGUUGUCCUCCCCUUCUCGUCCGUGUUCAAUAGUGCGCUGGAACGAUGUUUCAGCAUUAAAGGCGCGCUUUUAAAGCUUCCACCGGUGAAAUGUCGCGCAGGUCAUUUGGUAGGUGCGCGAAAGUAGUCGAAACAACCACCGUAACAACGGCAAGGACAGAGGCCGAGAUUUUUUUUUUCAGUGGUUUCUCAGUGGCCGAGAAGAAAACAACGAAAUUUACAACGCGGUGUUUCCCGUUUCAGAUCUUGAGCCUGACAUAGCGGUACAGCUCUGGUUUCACGACCGAAAAUAAGCAAGGGUUGCUACGACGGUUCUUGUCAGACUCUGGUAGGAGAAAACAGCUAAAAAAAAAGUAAACAUGGGUGAAGAUUGUCAGCCUCACGAAGGUGUACUCGAUAUAAUAAAAGGCAGAAACAAGAAGACGUAAAAAAUCGAUUUCAGAUUUCGAACUUUUGUUUUCACUCGCAAGCUCAUUUUAUUCUGCUGGACUUAUUUGAUAGUGAGCAAGCGAAGGCGGACCUUCUGCUUGCCAUUUGCGGUGGUCAGCAAGUCUGACUGCCCUUACAGCCCGAGCCGGACGACGUUGCAACAUGAUCUGUCUCCUUAUUUUCAUUGCGCCUUCGCUGGCGCGCCGUACAUUUCCUUGAUGGAAGCUCACAUUUGGGUCACUUAGUAUAGGCGAGCGCUUGCGGAAACAGCGCAGUGAAACUGUAUUUUCGCUGUCUUUUUCCUGUCUUUUUUUCGUUCUUCUUCUUUUUCUGUGCCGCUGAUCAAAUCCGAAAUGUUUAACGCCCAUUAUAAAUUCAGUUGCCACUUUCGAAACGAAAAAUAAAAGCGGCGCGUGUGUGUUUU